ACAAAACACGUGGUUGUGUUGUCGUCUGCUGCCAGGCAUGCUGAUGGUGUACUCUUACUUGACGUGCAGUAGGUUAUGUUAGAUUGUUUAUCUUUUGAAAAAACGUUACAAUGGAUAAAAAUUUUAUACCCUGUGCUAAAUGGAUAAAACGUGGAAUUGCGAAAGCCAAGCCGGAAGUUGUUAAAUUAACAAAGAAAGAACUCAAAGGCCUUGUCAAUAAAGCAAAGGAUAGAGUCUUAACAACUGCUGAAAGCAUUAGAACUAGUACACAAGAUGAAGGUGAACCUGGAGUCUCUGACGCUGGUGAUCAGUUCAACAUGGAAGAUUAUGAUAAAGAAGAUGAGGUACAAUCCCUAAUUGGAAUUGGAAAUAUGAUGUCGUUGGAUGAAGAGUCUGAUGAGUCUGAGACGGAAUCACAAGCUGAAGAGGAAGAGGAUGAGGAUGAAGAUGAUUCUGAUAAAGAAGAUGAUGAAAUAAAACCAACAGACAAUCUGAUUGCAGUUGGUCAUGUUUAUGGGGAUAUAAGUAUCCUGGAAGUGUAUGUGUACAAUGAGGAGGGAGGAGAUCUCUAUGUCCACCAUGAUGUGAUGCUACCCACAAUCCCACUGGCUUUGGAAUGGCUCAGUUAUGUGCCCUCUCAGUCAACGCCAGGCAACUUGUUGGCUAUGGGAGGGAUGAGUCCUGAGAUCCUAGUCUGGGAUCUGGACGUGACCAAUACUUUGGAGCCUUUACUGCAGCUGGGCGAGUUUUCGGAGACUAAGAAAUACCAGCACCGCAAUCACGGCCAUACCGACGCUGUUCUCGAUCUAUCCUGGAAUUGCCAACUUCCACAUAUCCUCGCUAGUGGAUCAGUAGACCGUAGUGUCCUACUGUGGGAUCUGGGCAAGGCCAGGGCUGUGUCACAGUUCAAGCAAUUCAAGGAAAAAGUACAAACCUUAGAGUGGCAUCCUUCGGAAGUGAAUGUUCUUGUUACUGGAACUUGUGACAGGAAAGUACAGCUGUUGGAUUGUCGCAUAGGGGAGACUCUAACCAGCAUCAAGGUUGAUGGAGAAGUGGAGAAAGUCAUCUGGCAUCCCUCUAGUCAGUUUAGUGCCUUGAUAGGAACAAGCAAGGGUACUCUAGGCUGUGCAGACUUUCGGACGAAGAAACUUGUCUGGGCAAUCAAUGCUCAUGAAGAGGAAGUUACUGGAUUGGCAGCAGACUGCGAUAGCAUAGUGACAUCCUCUACGGAUCAGACAGUCAAGGUAUGGGGUUUGUCUGGUGGAGAGCCUACGCUACGUUUUACUAAACAUACUGGUCUCGGAGAGCUUCAUACUCUGCAGAUGUGUCCAGAAAACUCCAAUAUCAUAUGUGUUGGAGGGAGCAAGAGCAGUAAAAAUUUCAGUGUGUACAAUCUUUCAGAGAUGCAACAAGAGAGACCAGACAUGGAGACUGAACAACAAGAAGAGGACACAUGACUUUUUACAUCAAAAUCAGUUUUGUAAAGUAUAAAACCUAAUUGUAAUUGAAUGUGUCACCAUCAUCACCUGCUGCAGGUACCUGUAGGAUACUCUGCCUGUCGGUACAAGCUUGGCAGACAUCUUUUCUUACCUUCUUCUCAUUCUGUAAAGUGUAAAAAUAUGUUAAUUAAACAUAUGUUUCUAAUGUUAAACAGCGUAA